UCCCUGGAUUCUCUAGGGCUGGUUCAUUACCUUGGAAUACUCCUGUGACAGGAGGCGCUAGCAAAACCCGCCUCCAGCCCCCCAGCGGCAAAUAAAUAGAAGGCGCCCAGCCCAGAAGCCAGGAGAAGUUUCUAGGGGAGUGUCUCUGAGGCUUAUUAGGCUCUGGCUCCACUCUCGACCUCCGCAGUUCUGGCUGGGAGCCUGGACAGCCCGGGAAGACGGUGGCUUGCUGAUCUCUGGUGAGGUGGAACAGAGAGAGGCCCUCUUGGAUCCAGCUUGCGGGUGUCACCUUUGGGGGCCAGGACCCCAGCCUGGUGAGCACAGCUGUUCUUGGCAGUGAAUGGUUCUGCUUCUCUGUGACAGAAGAUCAAUAUUUUUCUGAAGCUGAAAACUAAGCUCGGAAAGCCACCCAAUCCGCCCCGCUGUGCCGCGUGCGUGACCUUGGCUAGGUGGCUCCCUCUCUCUUAGCCUCUGUUUCCCCUGUGAGUUCAGCAUUCACCAUGGCUGAUGGUCAGAUGCCUUUCUCCUGCCACUACCCAAGCCGGCUGCGCAGAGACCCCUUCAGGGACUCGCCCCUCUCUUCCCGCCUGCUGGAUGAUGGCUUUGGCAUGGACCCCUUCCCUGACGACUUGACCGCCUCUUGGCCUGACUGGGCUUUGCCUCGACUCCCCUCAGCCUGGCCGGGAACCCUGAGGUCCGGCAUGGUGCCCAGGGGUCCCACUGCCACAGCCAGGUUUGGGGUACCUGCUGAGGGCAGGAACCCCCCACCCUUCCCUGGAGAGCCCUGGAAAGUUUGCGUCAAUGUGCACAGCUUCAAGCCGGAGGAGCUGAUGGUGAAGACCAAGGACGGAUAUGUGGAGGUGUCCGGGAAACAUGAAGAGAAGCAGCAGGAAGGAGGUAUUGUUUCCAAGAACUUCACAAAGAAAAUCCAGCUUCCUGCAGAGGUGGAUCCUGCAACGGUGUUUGCCUCACUUUCCCCAGAGGGGCUGCUGAUCAUCGAAGCUCCCCAGGUGCCCCCUUACUCAUCAUUUGGAGAGAGCGCCUUCAACAACGAGCUUCCCCAGGACACCCAGGAAGUGACCUGUACCUGAGACCCCUGCCUUGGCCCACCCUCCUUUCCUCCCCAACCCCAGGGCUUCUCUGAUUCCAGGGUACAUGACUUUAGCUGAACUCAGAUGUAGUGCAACUAAAAUGCUGAGGAAUAGGGGGGAAGGGAAAAAUGACCACAGAUUCCCUGGAUAACAUAGUAGUAGAUUUCUCCACGGGAUGACGCAAUCAGCAAAGCCAUGCUUGUUGCGUUAGGUCAGAGUACUGGCUUUUCUUUCUUUAUCUUUUCUAUCUUGAUGAAAACAUUGCACAUUCUAGAAUUGCAAAACAAAGAGAUGGGGACUUAACAUUUCAUGUGGUAUCUUCCCUUGCAGGUAAUGCAAGGGUUAUUUUUCUCUGGGGACCUCCCCAUUACCCAAUCCCUGCCUCGGGCUCCCUGUUCCCAUGACUACCUUACAGUUCCAUCACUGGAGCCCUUUGCCCAACCCAGUGUAUUUUUACAUCCCUGGCUUACAAAAGGUAAUAGACAGGUUCUUGUAGUUCCUUAUGGGAUUUAUCCACCAACCAUAUAAAAAUAAACACUGCCUUCUGCCCUCUGCCCAAAUGUUUACAGUGUGUCCCCAGGGUUCUCAAACUGGCACUCCCCAAACCCCUCAGUUAAUUCCCUGGCUGAGGUCCCCACCAGCUUGUGUCUGCUUUGUCCAAGUCAGGACUUUUACAGAAGGGGAUGUUUCUCAGUAACCCUGCCAAGAACCAAGCCAAGGCCAGGCAGCCUGGCAGACAAGCUAGUGGUAUUGUGUAUAUGGGUGUGGGACAUUUGUGUCAUUGUUGUUUGAGUUGUGCUGUUGUUUUGGGGGAACAUAGUAAAUAAUAAUUAGUAACAAUAAUAAAGGAGCUGAUGUUCUUA